GGGGGACUUGCCGAGUGUUUACCGGAGCCAGGCAACGACGGCCGGGGCUGGAAAAACUUUGCUCUCAGCCGGACUCGGCAGCGCACGUACGGCUUCCCCUUCUGCUACCAGCCGAAGCCCACGGAGUGCGUCGAUCGCCGGGAUUAUAAGUGAUCUUCGUGGAAGACAUUACGUUAUAAUCUUUUGCGAAGCGUAAUUUAAUUAUUCUGUUUUUCAAUAAUCAAAAUACUCCUUAUAAUAUUGCUUUUCUUUCGUAUACACUUAUCGCACUUUCCGGAUAUUAGUGCCGCUGGCAAAACUACGCAGGAUCACAUCAGUGGGAUUUCAGAUACAUAAUUUUUGCUGUUAAUUGGUUGUUACCUUCCUUAAGUUUUAUGGUCUGGCAAUGCUUUUUCAAGUCAUUUAGACCUCGUCGUGCCGAUUUCUGGACAAUGAAGUUGCAGAGGUAACCAGGCGGAGAUCCAGACGAGGAGGCGAAGAUCCAGCUCUGAGCCCGAGUUCAACGCAGCCGCCUCCUGAUGAUGACUGUAAACAUGGCUGACGGUUUCCCCGCUAGACCUGGACUUCACAGGAACUUGAAAGAUGAUGAGGAGGCUUUGAACUCCAUUAUGAAGGACCUGGUGGCUCUCGGGCAACGCUGCUGCCCCUCAAUCACCAGCGGCAAGGCGAAGACCAGACCCCCACUGUUCAAACAGGAUCUGCGUGUUAAGUUGGAACAUGAGCGAGAGAAAAGGAUCAUUCUCUUCCAGAGGCCCUUAAAAUACAAAGAGCUUCUCCAGAAAGCUACUGACGCCUUUGGACAGCAGAUGGACCUCUUCUACGCGGAAAAAGAGCUGCUGUAUUCGCUGAAGUGCCAGGAUGAUGUGGAUAAGGCCGUGUUGAGCCUGGACCGCAGCAAUGGCAUAAGUAGUCUGCUCAGGGUGCUGCUGAAGACCCCAAAGAACAACCAUUUCUUGGAGGUCAACAGCAGAGCAGAUAAACAGAGUGAGAUGAAGCCGUCUAAGUCCCUGGGAGACUUGAAGGGGUCCUUAUUCAAGGGUCCGGAGAGAGUCCGCAAACACUCGGCGGGCUCCCUGCACCCUGGGCGCACCUCCCCCCCCCCGGGCAGUGUUCCUGAGGAGCAGCAGCAGAUCGCACGCCAAGGCUCCUACACCAGCAUCAACAGCGAAGGAGAGUUCAUUCCCGAGGCCCUGGACCAGAAUCCCUUUGGCAGCGCUGAGGACUCCCUGUCCGGGAGCUGUCAGUCCCUGGACCACUCACUGGACAGCCCUCCAUUCUCCCAGCUAAACAGGGACAAUAACUACCUGAACUUCAACUAUGAUUACAAAGGUCGGCAUGGGAAGGGCGGCACCUUCCCCCGGCAGUUUCACCUGUCCCGGCGCAGCAAGGACUACAACGACGGUCGCCGGACCUUCCCUCGUAGCUUCAUGCCUCAGGAGAGCCUGUUCCAGCCGAUUCCCCCCACCCUGGCGUACGCAGACCGCUGCACGGCAGUCCGGACUCCAGAUGACAGCUCGCGGCUCAAAUCUCCUCGUGCUCCAGCAAACUGGAGGUUGGGGAAGUUGCUGGGCCGGGGAGGAUUUGGAGAGGUCUACUUGUGCUACGACGCCGACACGGGUCGCGAACUGGCCGUCAAGCAGGUGCCCUUCGACCCCGAGUGCCAGGAGACAAGCAAGGAGGUAAAUGCCUUGGAGUGUGAGAUCCAGCUGCUGAAGAAUCUGAGGCAUGAGCGCAUUGUGCAGUACUACGGCUGCCUGAGGGACCCCGAUAAGCGCAAGAUCUCCAUCUUCGUGGAGUACAUGGCUGGGAGCUCCAUAAAGGACCAGCUGAAAGCGUACGGGGCCUUGCCAGAAAAACUGACUCGCAAAUACACCAAGCAGAUCCUGCAGGGGGUGUACUAUCUCCAUAGCAACAUGAUCGUACACCGGGACAUCAAAGGUGCCAACAUCCUUAGGGACCUGUCUGGGAAUGUGAAGCUGGGGGACUUCGGCGCCAGCAAACGCAUCCAGACAAUCUGCAUGUCCGGCACCGGGAUCAAAACGGUCACCGGCACCCCCUACUGGAUGAGUCCGGAAGUGAUCAGUGGGGAGGGCUACGGGAGAAAGGCAGACAUUUGGAGUGUAGCGUGCACGGUGGUGGAGAUGCUGACCCAGAAGCCACCAUGGGCAGAGUUCGAGGCCAUGGCUGCCAUCUUCAAGAUCGCCACACAGCCCACCAGGCCGGUGCUGCCCGAGGGCGUGACUGACGCCUGUCGAGACUUCCUCUGGCAGGUCUUUGUGGAGGAGAAGAGGAGACCUACUGCUGAGGUGCUGCUCAAACACCUGUUUGUACAGAGUGGCUUUUAAGUCACCCAGCAUUCGCACCCCAGUUACGUCCCCUUCAGUGCCUGCCUCAUACUGCCUGCUGGGGUCACCCGAACUUCCCUUGUCUGGCAAAAACUGACCUUUCCACCCCUGGCGCAUCUAUCACCUGGACGCCGAAGCUUUAGCAGAGCAGGUUUUUUGACAUCUGUCAUUGGUGCUGGGAACCACAUUUGGAACUUCUGUAUCAGACCCACAGGCACAGAUGUACAGUGGUUGCUAAAUCCAUAACUUGCCAUCUUCUCUGGAUCCCAAUUGGGGUGCAUCUUUCUCAGACUACUAAUGUGUUUUUCCCAACACCCUGAGGGUGUUUUCCUGUAACCAACAGGAUAGAUUGUUUUUCAUCCCGUAACCUUCUCCACGUGACUCACUCCGACUGUUGGCUUGGAAGAAGCCAACGGAUGAAGAAAGUGACAAUAAUAUGUACAGAAAGUACUGAAUGUGUCAACGGAAAACAUUUUAUAAAUCCAAAGUUCAAAUUUACUUUGUCUUAAUUAUAUCGGACACUUUUACCAUGUUAUGAGAAACUGUUGAAGCAGUUAGAACUCAAAAAUUGUUAACCUGCUAAUUUCUGCCAACCUACACUAUUGUGAUUAUUCUUGCACUUUUGAUAUAACGUUUUAAUAGGGAAUAAUCCAGUUGAAAUGGAGGUCAUAUUUUUGAUAAUGCAUAUGGCAUUUUUGUAGAUGUAUAUUACAAGUAAGAAGAGUCUUUUUUUGGUCUGUAGUGAUGUUUACAGAAAGAUCAAACUACUGCGCUGUUAUGAGUUACGGUGUAAGCAAUGAACAAGUAACAAUCCAGGGCUGAUAGCAAAUGCUGCCCAUACGAAUUUGCAUCUGGUUAAAUGUCCACACUGUUGUAUUGAAAUCAAAAAUAAUUUUUUGAGUUACGUUUUAGUUGCCAAGCAAAUGGAUGAAAGAUUUAUUUCAGUUCAGUACCCCUCUAUUGAAUACAGACCAGAAAUGGUGUAAUGCAGAAUCUAUAAAUACUGAAACUAUAGGUAAGUAAUCAAACGCACUUAAAGGCACUGAGAGAAUCUCUGAGGUGCCCAUUUCGAUCUUGCCUCUAGGUUGGCUUCUAGGAUUAUUUACACUUCUGACAAAAAUGACAAUUUACAUGUAGGGCUGGAUUAAUAUCAAGAAUCGCCCUUGGAAUUUCCCCCCAUGGUAAAUUUUCCUGAGAGGGGAGGGUACCCUAUUGCUGACCAGGGGGGUCCCUAACAAUCAAUUUUGGCAGCCUGCAAGCCCAUCAGCCUACUGGGAAAUCGCCCAGUAUACCAGAUGGCCAGUCUGCUCCUCAUUAUAUGAUAAGAGUUGCAUUUACAUGGAAAGAAAACCCUCACGGAUGCCCAGGUCGCCAUGGACAGCAGCUGUGCUGUUUUUAGAGGUUUUUUUAAAAAGGUGUUUCUAAGGUUUUUAAAACAGAACAUGCUGAAGCUUUUAAUACAUUGUUACGUAGUUUCAUAGAGAGAGAGCGCAAGCACAUGCUUUAAAUAACUUAAGGGGGAGGGCCAAUCCCCCUAUUCUAAACCCAGUUCCUCGUUUCAGCCCAUGUAUGUCACUGUAUUAGUUGCUACUGUCACUUCUUCACUAGUCUCACAUUCCUGCAACUGCUCAACAGGUUCUCUGUUGAUCUCCAGUUGUGAAAACUGAAGAAUGAUCCAGAAAUCUGGGUGUGGGCAUCUGUGCCUUGUCCAUGUCCCCUGUGCAAACACCAGCCAAUCAGCAAAUAGACUUUAUUACUUUUGCAUGGAUUUGGAUCUCUGAGACCAAAGCAUUACAUCAUUCUAACCCACGGGACAGGCUAGGGAUAUGGCACAAAGCAGGGUUCGAGUACCAUGGCAGGACUCUCUCUCUCUCAUUGCAGUCAGAGAUUUUUUAUAAAAUUGAAUUUUCUUUUGUGGGGACUGAAAAAAAUAGCUCCCACAGCAUCACAGUAGCGGGUUUCUAUCACAUUGUGGGAACCAAAUGUCCUCACAAUGGAAUUAUAUACAUACCACACACACACACACAAAGCCCUGGAGGAGUGACACAACCGCGUCACUCCUUGGUCAGCACUUUUUCUUAAGUACAUCUGUAAAUGAGACACUGAGCAACAUCACCCUGCAUUGAACUGAAUUGAAUCAAUUUCAGGCACAUCCUGAAGUUCUCAGAUAGAUCGACAGCCCCCCCUGUCUAGCUAUAUUGGAGUCAGAUAUAUCUUACAGUACCUAUGGAAUGAGUGCCAAAAAUUAAACCUUUUCUUCAUUGAAAUGGAAGGCAGAGCACAAACAGUGAUGGAAAAGGUUACAGGUGACAACAUCCAGCCAGUGCCUUCUGUAAACACCCUUAAUGGGUGAAAUAGGUGUAUCACCCCGUGCCUUGCGCACUAUUUCCUACAUCGUGUCAAGUGAAGGUGUUUAUCCGCGCGGCUGCGAACCUUGCAGUUACGUUUCUGGAAACACAUGAUCGCGUGCCCGGAUGACACCGUUUUCUGGAGGAGCAGUAUGAAAUGAUCUCCGCCCGAAGGUUUUUGACUGUACCCGGUAUAAGGACCUUAAUUAGGCAGCCAAAAGACGUUGUUUAUGACUGAUUCUUAUAUAUGUUUAAAUAAAUAAGGAAAUAAACUGAUUUUUUUUAAGGCC